AGAUAGAAGAAGACUGGUGACUAGCCCUCGACUGUCCGCCGCCAUCUUGGAUGUGCGGCUUUUCACGCGACGUGUAAAAUGUUUCGUGUUAGGGGAAAACCGGCGCAUUUAACGGGACUGAAACAUGCCUAUAAGCCACUAGCUGGUUAUAAGCCCACCAAUGCUUCUCUGAACAUAAAGAAAUUUGCGUCUUCAUCCACCACACCUAAAAAGUCAAAUUCCUCAGGCUUGAAAAUAGCCACAGGGAUUACACUGCUGUGUGGUGGUGGAUUAGUUGGCGGUGCUGCCCUCUACAACUACAAUGCAGAUUUCAGAAACUAUGUCAACAAAAGCCUGCCAAUUAUUGAGACUUUCAAUUUAGCUCUUGGUCCUGUAACCAAUAACAAUAACAGUGACAUUAGCACAUACGAAGAAGAGAAGUUCUCAAAAGCAGAGACUGGUCCAAUGAAGCCAAUUAUUGAUAUCAAGAAACCCACAGACAUUAAACCUUCUCCAGCAACCAAGGAUGCAGUAAAAGUCACAGGGAAAGAAGGAAAGCAGACUGCUCCCCUGUCCUCCCUUGAUCAAGCCUAUGUAUCUUCCUUGGACCUUGACAUUGCAAAAGUUGUUGAGGAGGAGGUUGAGCAUAUGAAACCUAUUGCUAUCCCUACCCCUCCCCCUCCUGCACCAAAUCUGGACCUCAAGAAGGCCCCUGCCCUGCGUGAUCCAUCAGCUACUGUGAGCGCAUUUGACCAUGCAGGGGUUUCAUCUGCUGAUUUGGACAUUGCAAGAAGUAAGACAGAUAAGUCCAAAGACGCACAGAGAGAACAAGUUGUUGAAGUCACAUCAACACAAUUGCUACCAGGUCACGGACCAACCCCAUCUAAGGAACUAAGCAAAGAAGAUGUCACCCUUUCCAAGCCAAUAGAUACCGGUCUCACAGACCAUGAGGUAGAAUCCAUGGUAGAGCAAACCGCCAUGGAAGUCCUUAUCCAAGAAGGCCUUCAGACCCUACGGAAAAGGGGACAGGAAGCUAUUGCUGCCCAACACAAGGCAACCGAGGCUGUCUUGCACCAUACAGACCAACUAAAGCAUGCACUGGAAGAUGUCGAGGUUGUAAGCAUGAAGGACUUGAGCAAAACUAUCCUGUCUUCCCAGAAAGAAGCAGAGGAUGCCAUCACUGGUGCUCAAGAAGCUCAGGUAAAAGUCAACGAAGAGGUUGAGAAGUUCCAUAUCCUUAUCAAAGAAGCAGAAACAGCUGGAGCCAAGGAAGCUGGGGUGAGAGCAUCUGAAGAGGCUGCAAAGGUCAGUUAUGGUGUCCUGAAUGCCACGGCAGAGUUACAGAAGGCUAAGGCACAGGACAUGGUGCUAGGAGAGUAUCAGAAGUUUUUUGAUGAGAGCAGAGCGGUGCUUAGGAAGGAACUGGAAGAAGUCAUGCCUGGUGCUGCUAUGUCUGACAAGGAGCAGAAAGCAAAGGGGGGGAGUCAAGAGAUGGCCAGGACAGAAACAGUGUUACUAGCCUAUGCCCGCAAACGACUGGAGCAUCUAAAGCAAGAACUCGCCAAACACAGACAGGAGGAGCAGAAAAGACUGCAGCAGAUCCUGAGUGUCCAGAGGGAAGAGGACAACAAAUUAGCGGACAUUAGGCUGAAGCAGGAGAAGGACAAGAUGAUGGCCGAGAUGGACGUUGCUCUCAGGAAAAAGGAGUCGGAGAUGGCUGCAGUGUUUGAGAGCGAUGUUCGGCAACAACUUCGUCGACAGGCAGCGGCGUAUAGUGACCACCUGGCGGAGGUGCUAAGGGUGCAAGCAGCAGAGCUUCAAGAAAGACACAGAGAAGAACUUGAAAAGAAAUCGAACGAAGAACACCAAGCUUUCAACGCAAAGCUCACAGCAGCCUUUUCGCGUCUACGGGGAGUUGAAUCCGCCAUUGAUGGACGCGCCGAGAUCGAGAAAACCAACAAACGAUCACAGGAGCUAUGGCUAGCAUGUCAAGCCCUUACAUCAGCUAUAGACCGAGGCUAUCAGAAACGGAGACCUCUAAACCACGAAGUGAGUGCCGUGUAUGAUUGCUCACCCGAAGACCCGGUCGUCAACACAGUGCUGGAGGCUAUCCCCCCUGAGGCGUUACAGAAGGGCGUGUACAACGAGGAUAACCUGACCGCACGGUUUAACCAGGUCAGGCGCCAGUGCCGACGUGUCGCGAUGGUCGGGGAGGAUUCUGCGGGGCCAUGGACAUUCCUACUCUCUUACCUCCAAUCCUUCUUCAUCUUUGAUAAGUUCGACCCUCGCACGGACGGUGAACUUGUGGACGCGGAGGAGUUAGACACUUUUGGGCUGCUUGCUCGCGCGGAUUAUUACAUUAAGAGAGGGGACUUAGAACUCGGCGCGCGAUUGGUCAAUCAGCUGACGGGUGAGGCUCGUAAACUGGCUUAUGAUUGGCUGAAAGAGACCAGGAUUCUCCUCGAGACUCGACAGGCGGUAAGGCUACUCUCUUCGUACGCGGCAGCCGCAGCUAUGGGUGCCACGGAGUGAUAUUAGCACGCGCUGGUACAAUCCUUGUUACUCUACCAGCAGGGGACAGAUUCUAAGAGCACCCGGGUAAUGCCAUGUCGACAUAACUUACGUGGUAAAGAGUUCACACAGUGGUGAAAUAACGCCCUUGCGUUCUAACAGCAACAGUUAGAUAUUACAACGGAAUUAAAAAUAACAAUAAUUUGCGUGAUAAAGUUGGUUUAUUCACUGUA